AUGCAUUCUACAGCAGGAAAUAAGAAACCUAUUCAAAUCGACGAAUUCAAGGCCGCUAUCAAGGAAACUCCACUUGAGGAGAUUGCAGUGAUAAGAAAUGAGAUCGAGAAUUCCAUGAGCCAUUUGAAGAACUCAAAUGCGAGAUUAGGAGCAUAUAUUGAUAAAUUGAAGGGAACAUACGAGAAAACACACAUUCAUGAAGAACUAGGUAUCGAUGACGAUGAACUAGAUUCAAUUGAUGCCAAUGAUUUACAACUCUUUUCUGAUUCCUACAGAGAAAAUGACUUAGUUAUGGACAACUACCGCCAGAGGAUCGACAUAUUGAAUGAAGAAUAUACUUAUAGGACCACGGGAAAAAGUGAUACUCCAUCAUCAGAUAUAAAAGGGCCUGCUUCUAUUUAUCUAUAG